AGGGAAGGCAGGGUGCGCGAGGCGGAGGAACAGCAACCCACUCUAGGGACAGCCCCACUGUCCCGCCCCUCUCUCCCCUCGGCCCACCAAUCGCGGAAGCACCGCCGGUCCGGAAUUGCCUAUUGGCUACGAUCGAACCCCGGCAUCUGGUCGUGAUUGGUCCGAAGGCUACUUUUCGAAAUCGCGGGAGCCUACCGAAAGGAGUGUCUGCAGCCGGCGGGAAUUGUCGUCUCUCUUUGGUAGACUCGCCAAAGGAUCAUUCCGCCGAGAAGGCGAAGAAGUCCUCGCGUCAGCUGAGCAGGUUCCGCUGUUGCGCAGGCGCGUGGAGGGACGGCGGAGGGAUACGUGGAGAACGGGCGGUUGGACGCGAGGGCCGACGCGCUGACGGAGGUGCUCGUGAUGGGGCGGGGUACGCUGCCGGCCGUUUGAACCUGGCGGCGGGACAUGGCCUCGGCGGCGGACGGGAGAUGGAUGUCAUUUCAGAAGCCACGGAUGGCCUUGAAAUCAAGGAGCCUGCUGUUGACAGCACUGAAAAUAGGUCUUUAGAUGAUGAGAAACAUUUACUCCACCAAAAACAAGAAGCAGCAGUGGACCCAGCCUUCAAGACGCCAGAUAAACUUAAGACCCCAAUGAACUUUUCUACUGUAACAGUGGAGCAGCUUGGAAUUACACCAGAGAGUUUUGUGAAGAAUUCACCAGGAAAAUCCUUGCUAAAAAAAUCAAGGCGCCGUUCCACAAUUGGAGUCAGAGGCUCUCCUGAAACAAAUCUUCUCAUUAGAUACAUUGCUCAGCAAAGGAGUUUUAAAAAUGCAAGCGACUCUCCUUUGGUAGAAGCUUCUCCUUCAAUACAGCAGGCCAGCCCUUUUCGAUAUAGAAAUGGUGAUUCAUUAAGAGAGCGAAUUUCUGCCUUCCAAUCUGCUUUUCACCAAGUAAAGGAAAACGAAGAAAAAUCUGAACAUUCAGGGCCAGAGGGAGAAGUCCAAGCAGCAGACUGCACUAAGAACAAAAGCCCAAAACGUUGUGACCAGCCCAAGCUGUGUGGAGAGUUACCAUCCAAGCGUAGGCGAAUAUCUUACCAGAGAGACUUAAAAGAAAAUAUAGCUGAUGGUGAAAAAAAAUUGACUGACAUCCAGAUAUGCCAUAUUGCUACUUUUCCUGAUACAAACCGAACUUACACCUGUGAAACUUCUACAACAGACCAUUCUAAGGAAUCUUCUUGUGAUCUGUCCGUUGUUGCACAGUCUGGAUGCUCAGUUUUAAAGGAUACUACACUGAAAAGUCUGUCAAGGGGGAAGGAGGUAGCUGGAUGUGCAGAGGAAGAAAGAGCAAGUGAUGCUGCUUCAAGACACCGUGGAAGGAGAGGCCAAGCUGAGAAGGAACUGAGCACAGAAGCGUCCAGUGACACCAUGCCGCCCACUGCACCUGCGUACAAGGGGGACCUGUCGUCCUGUGAGUCCUCCUUCCUCCGCUCUGUGCUGAAGAAGACCCCCGUGAAGCUGCUUCUGGAGAGCUUACAGGAGCAUUGUGACACCACUGGGUAUGAUGGAAAGCAAUCGUUCUCAUUCUCAGAUCUUUCAAAGGGUUGUGAAGAACUGAAAAAUGAAAAAAGCAGUUUAAAAGUCCAAAAAACAUGGCCCAGAAAGAGAGUUACUUUUGGAGAAGAGCUAAGCCCAGAAGUGUUUGACGAAUCCCUGCCAGCAAACACCCCACUGCGCAAAGGUGGCACACCUGCUCGACAGCAAGAUGCAAGAAGCGGUCAUCCCUCCUUUUUCCCAAGACUGUCCAUUUCGGAGGCAAUAUCUCAACCAAACUUUGAAGAGCCAGAAGAGAACCUUGUAAACAUGGAACCACUCGAAGUGUCUUUUGCAGUUCUAGGACCUGCUACUAAUUCUUCAUCCUCUGAAACUCUUGAAGACACUGAUGCUGUUAAUUCUUCAAGUAAAUGUAAAACAAUUUCCCCUCUCAAACUUAAUAGGAUAACACGAUCCUCUAGCAAAAGAAAGCAGUCACCUAAUGUUACUGAAGAGGAUGAUUUUAGCAAUAUAGUUAGCAUAGAUGUUAAGCAUGAUAUGGAAAGGAGACCCAGUAGGAAGAAAGCUCAAGGAACAAAGAACAUGAACAGAACAGCAUUGAAGAAGAUACAAGUGCUAAAAAAUUGCAGAAGGAGGAAAGGAAAGGGAAAGAGGCUGCAGAAAUCUUUCUCUGGCCUAAGAGAGGUGGCUUCUAAGAAACCUCUUCUGAGUCCUAUUCCUGAGAUCCCCGAGAGCCCUUCUACAACAGCGCCCAACGCCCAAAGAAUGCCCAUUUUGUGGCACUCAGAUUGUCUUGACUUCCCAAAAGAAGAUUACAGCAGUUCCAAAGAUGGAGAUGAAGGUGCCAUGGACGCUGACCUAAAUAAACCAGUUGGAAAACUCAGAAAUAAUUAUUUGCCCCAGAACCCAGAAACCUUGGAUCCAUCUUACAAAGAAAAUGAUGCCUCUGAACUCUCCAGUUCUAGUAUAGGAAGUGACUCAUCCCUUGGUCCUGUGACUUUUGACCAGGGUUCAAACGUAAGUACGAUAGCAGUUUAUGGAAGUGGCCGUAUUCGACAUGCCGACGAGCUGGAGCAUCAAGACCACGCCAAGAAAAGGACCAAGAUCCAAGAUGUCUGUCUUCUUUCUCCAGUGUUAACUCUUACAACAGAAGAAGAAAUGACUCCAAUCAUCCCCCAGUCCAGUUUUUUUCUGUUGCAGCCCCUGCAUUCUGCUGCCAUUAUUCCAAAUGUGGAAAGUGUCUGUGAAUCUGAAGGUGCUGACAACAUGGAGCAGGUAGGAGAGCUCGGCACAUCAUGUGAAAAGCAGAAAGAUGCUUUAAUAGCUUCUGAAGGAAGACUGAAGAGCAGUCAUUCAGCAGAUGCUCCAAGGGCAGAACUGAGUCAUCUGAAUGAAGAUGGGGAGCAAAUCCAAAGUCACGGCCAAGAGCUGACACAAAGAAAACCAAAAGCAAACAGUGGCAUCUUGAAUUACAAAAAUCUUAUAAAAAGACGGAGAAGAAGCUCUAUUUAUUGUCCAGCUGACCAGAAGAUCCAUUUCGAAGAACCUGAGCAUCAGCCGCCUACCCCUUCUCCAGUGGAAGAAUUACCUCUUGACAGUUCUGAACUCUUUAACAAUUUAACUGAGUCACUCAAACAAGCCUUUAGGAGAUUAAACACCAGUGGAACAAGAGUAAGACGAAGCACGAGAUUUCGAAGAAAUUCUGAAAGUCAGGGUCUCGUUUGGGUUUCACUUCCAGGCGCGUCUCCUUCCUCUGCUCCUUGCAAAGCCAAAAGGAGGACAAUGUGUUCAUCUAAUACCAGAGAAUUUGAAAAUCUGUCCAACACACAAGAGCCCUGUCUCCUGUCCGCUAUUUCAAGCAGAGAAAAUUCUGAGAAUGACUCUGCUUCUGGUGCUUCUCACGGAGCCAGGAGGAAGAGCUUUUGUGUGUCUGCUCUUUCAGAGACCAGAAAUGCCUCCCGACCUAAAUACUACAGGAGAACAAGCCUUUCUCAUAGGAAUGAGGAAAACCACCCGAGUGACUUUGAAAAAAUGGAAGGUUUGGAGAAUCCGAACAAUAUCUGACAUUUCCAGCAUGCGUUUUAUAAGGGGGAAGGUAACUAUAUGUUUAAGAGAUUAUCUGUUUGCAGUUGGCAUCCUUUGCAGUUGGCAUCCUUCAGAAUGCUUCAUUGUUCAGUAUAAAAUUUCUUUUGAAAGGUCAACAAAUGAAACCAGUUAAAAAUAGAUGUUAAGUGUGUCUUCAUAUUUAACCUUUUUAAAGGAAAAUAAUCCAUUUUUUUUUCCUUCUUAAAGGUAAAUAAUGCUUUAGUGAGCCUGAAACUAAGAAAGAAUGAAAAUUUUAGAGCAUUAGUGUUAAGAAUCCCCAGUUUUUAUUUAGUAAAUAUCCAAAACUACCUAGAAAUUCAGUGGUAUUUUUGGAAAAGCUCCUUUAGAUAUCUAAAUCUCACUAAUUAGAUAAUUAGGAAAAAAUAGUCAUAAUUGGUACUCAUUAUAUACAGAUCGAAGGAGCUUUAAGUAAAUUGAAAUCAAAUUAACUUGAGGAUGUAAAAGACAGGCCUAAUGUUGACUUUUAAAAUACUGUAAGAAGGCUGAGACAGUUUUUCUAAAUAUAAAAAUGGAACCUUCAUAAAAUUUUGUCUAGGAAGUAAAGAAAAAUUUUUUAGGCAAUUGAUAAAAGCUAGCCUCCACUUUGCUUGCAGAUUUCAAAAGCUCGAUAAUAUUAUGUGUAUCUCCAAAGAAAAUUGUGCAUAAAAUUAUUAAAAUCCAAUCUGAAAUAUAUAUUGUUUAAAAUAAUUUUUCCAGUGACUUGUUUUCAAAAAAUAAAUGCCCCAUUGAGGAUUCUUUUUUUAUGAGCUUGACUAGUAGCAUUGUUUGCUUUCACCUAAGCUAUCUGUAUCUCUUUAGAAGUUCUGUUUUUUAAUUCUUGGGGCCAAAAUCUCAAUAGUUACAGCUAAUUCAGAAGCUUAUUGAAAAUUUUCUGCUCAACAUGAAGUGAUGCUAUCAUAGUUUAAUUUGCAGUAACAAUUUUUAAAUGAUCUAAAUUGGUUGGGCCCCAGAAAAAUAUUCUUCUGGUGUGUGGAUGGCGUUAGAUCCAAGCUUACUCUUAAAGAGCAGCAUCCUUUUCUUUAUCCCAUGCAUUUCCAUUUGGGAGCUUCUGCUAGCACUAGAGUGAGUUUAGCUUUUCUUUGCUGAGCUGGAACCUCAUCAGUUGCUAGGUGAAUGGGCACAUGGAGUUUAUAAGACUGAAAAAAACCCUGAUAUGUCUUGAACUUACAAAAAUCCAUAUAAAUCAUUGUGUCAUUAAACAGUUUUCUUUGAAGUCCUAUUAAACCUUUCUGCCGUAAUAGCAAAAACUUGUUAACAAAUAGAACUCUUUAUAAAUAACACAACAAGGAAAAAAAUUCCUGCUGUGAUGGAGCAUUUUUUCUCUUCGGUAAAGAGACUGCGUUACCUUCUUGGCACCAGUAGGUCUGGGACCCCUGCUGCUAAGACUAAUGUAUUUUACAUUAACACUCAAAGUGAUCCCAACUCCUGCUAAAGGGUGGAUUGUUUCCAAAGCUUGGUUUUUUGCAAUGUAAAACAUUUAUGGGCUUUUUUUUCUGUUUAUGGUUGAUAUGGUUAGCAAAUCAUCUGUACCUCAAAAAAAGUACUCGAUUUCCUGCUAUAUUUUUUUCAAACAAAUUUAGUCAGUAGCUCUCAAUAUUUUAUCAGUCUUUUGUUUUUUAAUUGUUUAACAUGAAGGUAAAACUUCUCUGACUUAAUCUAUAGUGUUUCAGUUUUCUCUAGUCUAAUGCAGCAUCAGAUGACUUUUAUGUUUGUGAAUUAAAGUUGAGUUUUCUGUUUCAAUUCCCAGCCUAUUUACUAACAGGGAGGGGGAAAUAUUUGGUAUGUGUAUGUUUCCUUUAUCUCGGAAUGAACUUUUGCUGUAAACUUUUGUCUUUUUAUGACUAAAGAUGAAAAUAAAAUGUAUUGUAUACACUUUUGAAUUACUAUUGGUUUCAAAAUGUUUCAUUAUAAAUAUUUUACUUGGUUUCUACAGAUAACAAUAGGCAGUUUUCCCAAAAACAGAAGAUCUGAAGAAUUAAAGCAACUUAGAAGCAAUUUCAUCCAACAAACUCUGUUUGUGUUGUAAAAAUUUUAAACGUUAAGAUUUCUGUAUUUGAUCAUGCUUGUUUGCUUUUACUGUUUUUUCAUGGGUGGUAAAAACAAAGAUCAUGAUGUACUUAUGUCGUGUUCAUUUUUUCUGACUGCCUUGCCAAACAUCUUUACUCAUAGUAUAUUUUCUUGAAAUCUCCCUGUAUCCUGGAAAUUUUAAAAUAGAAUCUUCAAAUGGCUUUUUAUAUUGAUGUAAAUUCUUAUUUGUACCAGAAGAUGGCAGCCUGACAUGAGGCUUUUUGUGUGUGUUUAAUUAUAAAUCCAGGGCAACACCUG